AUGAGUUCGAGAAUGGAGUCAUUAGUGACAAUGGGGUUGUUCAGAGGUCUGGGAUGGUCGCUUCUUUGGCACGCUCUAUCGACUCUCACAAUGGCUGCAUUGCCAAUCUGGACGGCUAACGACAGCCGCUGUCUGAGGAAAGUCCUGGCUCUUUUGUCACCGGUUUCCGCGAUAAUUUUGCGGCAAAGCUGUUUCAGGAAGUCGUCGGUGUCUGCUACGCGGCUACCGAACAAGAAGUUCGGCGAUUUCUCCCUACCAUCGUCUGAAGGAUGGCAACAAGGAGACCCCUUAGCAGGUUUUGGAUUCAGCUCGACAAUCCACCCCGGUUUAGACGCCAUAAAAACCCGCUUCAAACAAGGGUACCUGGACGACAUAUCAAAGGGAGACAACUGGAGAGUUGUUCUGACCAAACUGCGGGCGUUCAUCGAGUUCGCAACGUCCCUAGGACUCUCACUAAACGCCAACAAAAGCGAGCUAACCAUUUUGGAACCCAACACCAGCCUCAGUGAUGACAUCAUCCGCGAGUUCAACGAUCUGUUACCAAGCAUUACCGUCACGAAAUUAUGCGACCUAGAGAUGCUGGGAGCGCCGAUUGGCCAAAAAGCGCUGGACCCGCGUGUUGAACGAGAAACUGAUUUCUCUGAGGACUAUGGAAACGAAUGGAACAUAAGAGCAACUGACUCGAUGCGUGGAAGUGACGUGGCCAUCAAGCGUCUCAACCAGCCAUUCCAACAUCCAGAGACAGCCAAGAGAGCAUUGCGCGAACUGAGAUUGUUGAAGUUCUUUCAAGAUCAUGAAAAUCUGCUCACGGUGGUGGAUGCUUUCAGUAGCGCAGAAACGAAAGAGGAUAUGGAUGAUCUAUAUUUUGUCACAGUGCUGAUGCAAGCAGACCUGAACAAUGUGUUGAGAUCAGAUGAGAUGCUGUCUGCAGAGCACGUCAUGUUUUUCCUCUACCAGAUCAUCAGGGGGCUGAAGUUCCUGCAUUCGGCUGGCAUUAUACACAGAGACCUCAAACCAGCUAACAUAGCGGUCAAUGAAGAUUCAAUGUUGAAGAUAAUCGACUAUGGUUUAUCGCGGACUAUCUCAGCUGACUUGACUGGGUACGUGGUCACAAGGUACUACAGGGCUCCAGAGGUCAUGUACGAUUUCGAGCACUACGACGAAAAAGUUGAUGUCUGGUCUGUGGGAUGCAUCUUUGCGGAGAUGUUGACGGGCGAGACUCUGUUCCCGGCCGAGGACCACGUGGACCUACUGAACAGAAUAGUUAAGCUAUGCGGGAAGCCCUCUACGGAGGAGAUAAGCGACUACAUUUCCGAAGAUAUUCGUGAAUAUUUGGUUAGAAUGGAAUGUGUCCAAUCAAAUUUCGACGAUCACUUCAGUCAUGUCAAAGACAAGCUAGCACUGGAUCUUCUGAAACGCAUGUUAGUGAUCAACCCUAAAAAAAGGUUUUCUGUGGAAGAUUGUCUGAAGCACUCCUACUUUGAAUCUCUGCAUGAUGAAGAGGACGAGCCCAGGUGUGAAGCACCCUUCCACUGCUCAGACUUCGAGGGCAAAAGUCUCACCGUGGAUCAGUACAAAGAAUUAAUCUGGCAAGAUUUGCUCGCAUUCCAGUCUUGA